GGCCGGCGGCGGCGGCGGCGGCGAGGGGGGGGGAAGAUGGCGGACGUGCUCAGCGUCCUGCGACAGUACAACAUCCAGAAGAAGGAGAUUGUGGUGAAGGGAGACGAAGUGAUCUUCGGCGAGUUCUCCUGGCCCAAGAAUGUGAAGACUAACUAUGUAGUUUGGGGGACUGGAAAGGAAGGCCAGCCCAGAGAGUAUUACACAUUGGAUUCUAUCUUGUUUCUACUUAAUAAUGUGCACCUUUCUCAUCCUGUUUAUGUCCGACGUGCCGCCACUGAAAAUAUUCCUGUGGUUAGAAGACCUGACCGAAAAGAUCUGCUUGGAUAUCUCAAUGGUGAAGCAUCAACAUCAGCAAGCAUAGACAGAAGUGCCCCUCUAGAAAUAGGUCUUCAGCGAUCUACCCAAGUCAAAAGAGCUGCAGAUGAAGUUUUAGCAGAAGCAAAGAAACCACGAAUUGAGGAUGAAGAGUGUGUGCGUCUUGAUAAAGAAAGAUUGGCUGCUCGUUUGGAGGGUCACAAAGAAGGGAUUGUACAGACUGAGCAGAUCAGGUCUUUGUCUGAAGCUAUGUCAGUGGAAAAAAUUGCUGCAAUCAAAGCCAAAAUUAUGGCUAAGAAAAGAUCUACUAUCAAGACUGAUUUAGAUGAUGAUAUAACUGCCCUCAAACAGAGGAGUUUUGUGGACGCUGAAGUGGAUGUGACACGAGAUAUUGUCAGCAGAGAGAGAGUAUGGAGGACACGAACAACUAUCUUACAGAGCACAGGAAAGAAUUUUUCCAAGAAUAUUUUUGCAAUUCUUCAGUCUGUAAAAGCCAGAGAAGAAGGACGUGCACCUGAACAGCGACCAGCUCCAAAUGCAGCACCUGUGGAUCCUACGUUGCGUACCAAACAGCCUAUCCCAGCUGCCUACAAUAGAUAUGACCAGGAAAGAUUCAAAGGAAAAGAAGAAACGGAAGGCUUCAAAAUCGACACUAUGGGUACCUACCAUGGUAUGACGCUGAAAUCUGUAACGGAGGGUGCAUCAGCCCGUAAGACCCAGACUCCUGCAGCACAGCCAGUACCAAGACCAGUUUCUCAAGCAAGACCUCCCCCAAAUCAGAAGAAAGGAUCUCGAACACCCAUUAUCAUAAUUCCUGCAGCUACCACCUCUUUAAUAACCAUGCUUAAUGCAAAGGACCUUCUACAGGACCUGAAAUUUGUCCCAUCAGAUGAAAAGAAGAAACAAGGCUGCCAACGAGAAAAUGAAACUUUAAUACAGAGAAGAAAAGAUCAGAUGCAACCAGGAGGCACUGCAAUUAGUGUCACAGUUCCUUAUAGAGUAGUAGACCAGCCGCUUAAACUUAUGCCUCAAGACUGGGAUCGGGUUGUAGCAGUUUUUGUGCAGGGUCCUGCAUGGCAGUUCAAAGGCUGGCCAUGGCUUUUGCCUGAUGGAUCACCAGUUGACAUAUUUGCUAAAAUUAAAGCCUUCCAUCUCAAAUAUGAUGAAGUUCGUCUAGAUCCAAACGUUCAGAAAUGGGAUGUAACAGUAUUAGAACUCAGCUAUCACAAACGUCAUUUGGAUAGACCAGUUUUCUUACGGUUCUGGGAAACAUUGGAUAGGUACAUGGUAAAGCAUAAAUCCCACUUGAGAUUCUGAAUUUUACUUGGUUUCCCUUUUUCUGGAGAUCUGGAUUAAGAAGCAUGGAUAUACCUUGACCUAAAGACUGAGACUCAAGCUUUAUGAAUUUAUCAAGAACUUACAAAUGAAGAAGGUCACAGAUCCAUCUUUUAUAAGACCUUAUUUGAUGCUUUAUGCUUCAAAGGGAUGAUGCUUGUCAUCCAUAUAAGCAAACUUUUUGGCUUACAACUAUUUUUUUAAUAUUAGCCUUCUAGUCUGUAACGGAAAUUGUAUAUUUUGAUAGAAGUUUUUUCUCCAUUGGUUAAAUUAGCAUUACUUAAAAUUUGUUUCUUUAGAAAAUAAAUGCAGGUUAUAAAUGUGUGUAUAUUUAGAGGUUAUAAGGCUCUCUAAGCCAUCUUCUGAUUUUUCAUUGCUCUAUAAUUCCUUUUAUUGAAAAUAGUAUGCUAUGAAUGGUAUCAAAUUUUAGUCUCUGGAACUUCCAAAACUAGCAAAGGGAUGUGACUAUUUUGAAUGAAUCAGAAUGUCAGCCUGUAUGUAUACUAUACCUAUACUUACUCUUUAUUUAAAAAAGAAUAAUGAAAAAUCAAGAACAAUUCUUCAGCUUUGAUUGAACUGUUCGGCCUUUUCAAGACUUCUUUACUUACAAUGAAUACAUUGAAUGAAUGUACAUUCUUCUUUCUCACUGACUUUGGUGAUUUUAAAACUUAGAAUGAUAUAUUUCUAUCUGUGCUAUCUUUCCACUUGAAAAAUCUCAGAAGACAGAUUAAAAACAUGAUAGGCUGUAGUACUUUUUGUUUUGGGAGCCAGAGUAUGUUUGGGGGAAAGAAAUGUAUUAGUCCUACUACAAUGUAACUUUAACUUUCUUAUCUUUCUCAUAAGUUCACCUUUGAAUCUUACUUUGUAUGUAUGGUGUAGGUUUUGAGUCUUCUGUUUCUAGGCAUGUUGAUCUUGGAGUUCUUAUCUUCCAUUAUCCCUAAAUAUUGAUAACUCUCCCAGACACCAAAGAACACAUUUGCUUAAUUAAGUGUCUGAACAGAAACAAGAUAAAAACACUGGUAUUUUUAUGUGCGUAUUCAAUAUCGUAUAAAAUAUAAAACCUAUAUUUUAACUUAGUAAAAUAUUUUACUACUUCUCUAGAGUGUUACAUCCAAGGUACAAUGAAUGAGCAUUUUCCUUGAGUCUUGAUUUCACCUUUUAUUACUUAAAAGCAACUGGAACCUCUACUCCCCUAAAGAGUUUUCGCCAUUAGGAUUGUUGCUGAUUGUUCAUCUUGUGUCAUUUUUUUCUCCAUUUUUUCCCCAGUGAUCUCUCUUAGAUGAACAUUUUUUUUUAGUAAACAUUUAGCUCCUUCUUAUGUUAUGCUGACAUUACCUAGCUUCAUUUUGAAAUUUAAUGCUAUCAUAAGAAUGAGAAGCACUUAUUUAUUUUUAAAGUAAUCACAAAAGUCCAUACCAAUAGUGGAUAGAAAAAAGUAUUUAUUCAUGUGGAAUUCACUAUGUUCUUAAGAAAAGCAGUCAGCAUUUUAAAUUAUUAGAUUAUAGGAUAUUUAUAAGGUUUGAACAGAUUGUACCCCCUUCCUUUCUGUGCACCUCUCUUCUUGAAAACAAAAGAACUCAAAUUUGUUCACUUUAGACUUUCUCAUCAUAUAAACUGUUUUCAAAAUGAAUUAAUGUAUUGUAUAAACUUUCUCCAUGAUGAAAUCGUCAAAGACUAGAAUCUGUACUAUUUUAAUGUAAGAUUACUUGUUAAGACUACUACAAGUGGACGAGAACUACCUUUCUAUAAAAAUUUUUAGUAUUUAUACUUAUGUCAUAUAUGAAAUUUACUUGAUACAGAGUGUGGUUAAAAUUGGGAACAUCUACUUUAAACAGGGUUUAUUUUUCUAUCUUGAAUUUGCCUUAUGUAUAUUCAAAGGCUUCUGGAAAUACUGUAAAGGAACAUUAGGAAAAGUACAAAUAUGCUAUGCUGUAUGUAUUUUAAAAUCAAACCCUUAGUAUGUACUUAAUUUUCUUUUUCUUUUUUCAGCAGUUCAGUCCCUCAUUUAGGUCCAUGUAAUUAAUGUAAUAGUCAUUAAUUCCAAAACAAUUUUUUUUCAGCCAGUCAUUAUUCGUUAUCUCAUGACUCCCAAGUCCUACAGCAGCACCUAUCACUGUGCCUUGCACAUAGUAGGCAUUCAGUAAAUAUUUAUAUGCAUGAAUUAAUGAACUUUUCAGUGUGACUGAUUUAUUACAAAAAGUACUUUGACUAGGUCUUGGAGUUUGAAAAUACAGAAAUACAGGGAAUGAAGAGGUACACACAGAUGUUUAAUGGAAAUGAGGUAUAUACAUUAAUGACCUUGACUUACCAUAAGUUACUGUUAACUGGAGACACCCUUGCUUGUCCCAUUGGUAAAAGAAAACUCCCAUUUCUUUAUUCAUAGGACACUUUUCUGAGUCAGGUAACAUUAAGAAACUUGUAGGUUUCAGUCAGUUAAUUGUUCAACCUUGACUGCACGUUAGAAUCACUUGGGGGACCUUUUAAAUAUUUAUUGCCUGAUUCCUGAUUCUGAUUUAAUUUGUGCUGAGACCUGAUCAUCAGUAUCUUUAAAAAGUUGUUCAGGUAAUUUCAUGUUCAGAAAGGAUUGAGAAUCACUGAUUUAAUUUGUUGUUGAAAACAAUGCCAGUAUUAAAUGUUGUAUUUCCUCAUCUCCCACCUUCCCUCCCUCCCUCCCUCCCUCCCUCCCUCCCUCCCUCCCUCCCUCCCUUCCUUCUCUCCGUUCUGCCCUCCCUCCUUCUCUCCCUUCUUUCCUUCUCCCUGCUUUCCUUCUUUUGUUCUUUCUUUCCUGCUUUUACUUUUCCUCUUGGUGGCCACCCUUUGCACUAGACUGACCCCCUUAUUGAUGGUAUUGGCCUGUAGUUCCACAUAACAAAUUCAAGUCUUAUUUAUUUAAUAUAGGAGUAUUUUGCUGUUUAAUAUUUAAACAAUGUUUAAUAUAUUGCAUUAUAAACUAGUAUUAUAGUUUAUGAUUUGUUUCCCAUGUGUCCUUAUCCUUAUUUUUUUUUAACAGCAGCAUGAUAACAAUCCAUACAGAAAUAACUAGUUCAUAAUGAGGAAAAUUUCAUAAUAAUUUUUAAGGUAGAAGAACGUAAAGGAUUAAUUUCUUAUCUGCCAUGCAGAAUUAGUUUGCUUAUGAAAGGAAAGAGGCAUACUUUUUAAUUGGUCUGCACAGAAAAGUAAAUUAUUCAUUUAAAUAAAAUUCAUUAUCAAACAUUGAAGGAAAUAUUUUUCCAAAAUAAAAAUUUUUGUGACUCCUAACAAAGUUAAAGUGAUACAUUGUUCUUUUUUGGAGGGUGGGGAGGGAGUAUUUAGUUUCCAUAUUUCUUACUAUAUAACAAUUCCAUUUUAUUGGUAUUAACAGUAGAAAAUGAUGAUAGGAUACACAUUAUGUGGCCAGAAAUAAAAUGCCACUUUGUCAGAUAACAAUUAUCUGAGUCUUAGUUGUUGAACUAAUUAGUUUAUAAAACUUUUUGAGACCAACAGUGUAUUUUAUAAAUAUUAUAAAAGCUGAUCAAAAUUAAAACAUGAAAAAUAAAUUUGAUUACAUGAGCCUUAAAUAUUACUUGACUGAAUUUUUAUUCACUUGGAUUUGAUAGUCAACUGGUUACCCUAACCAUAGUAAAUUAACUUUAGAAAUAAAAAAGUAAAAAUCACUGAAUUUGACUUAAGAACUGGAUUAGGAAUUUUGAAAUGUCAUGUCCUGUAUGUUCUGGCCUAUCCAUUGCCACAUUUGGCUGUAUAGUGAUGCCAGCAUGGUUUCUAUCUGUAUAUGUUGGAAUGAUAACCAAGGAAAAAUUGGAAAUGUAUAAUAGGUGUAUAAAAAUUAUAUUUAGUAAAUGCAUAAUAUGCAAUAAUACUUUCAGGUCAUUCAUCUUUUGGGGCUUAUAUGUAUUAUUUUAGGUAGUGUUUAUUAGAGUGAUCUUGAGAGUUAUAUAUAAAUGUAUGCCAUUUAAAUGAGUAAAGCUGAGGAGAUUAAUUUUAUUGCCAAAAUUCAAAAAGUGAAGUGAUGCUGUGUCAAAUUUAGGUAGGUGAUGUAUCUCUCUGAGAGUUUUGCUACUGAAUUCCAUUUCUAUCCAGUUUAAGUUUGCUAAAAGCUACUUAACCUCCAAGUUUGGUUAUAUAGUGCUUUAUAUAUAAUGUAGUUCAUUUACAUGGUAUAGGCACUAUAAAUGAUUGUUUACCCCCCAGUUUGUAUAUUUCUCAUGCAAAGUGGGUUCUUCAGUGGAACUUAAAUUUAGGCCCUGUGACCUGAUUAAAUGUUCUACUCAUUCUUACUCCAUUUCAGUGGAUUUUUAAGUUUCAACUUGUAAAUAAGUUUUGGGUAUAUUCCCACCCCCACUUCUGCCCUAGUCUUCAUCCUUCCAACCAAAAACACAUUCAACCAAGAAUACAGAAACUGUAUUGUGGUGUAGGAUAUGGACGAUGACAGUCUUUUCAAAAAGGGAUUUAUGAGAUUUUUCAGGCAUUGUAUUUGUUUUGAAAAUAAACAUAAUGUAAGUUUUCACUUUGAAAACUAAAGAGUUAAGUACAUUUACAGUCUUCUGUUAAUGUGUUAAAUAAUGGAGAGAAUCACAAUUCUUCCUAAAAGUAACAAGCUACAUGCUCUAAUGAGCUUAGUUUGGUUAUGGUCCAACUUACCAAGUCCUUAUUGUUAGACUGUUAUUUACCAGCAUACACUCUUAAUUCUAUUAUCUUUCAGCAGUUUGGGCACCCUGAUUUUAACAUUUUGUAGUUUGAAAACAAACUGCACUCCACAUAUAAUCAAAUCAUUAACAACAUCAUGGUAUUAUUGGUGGUGCCAGUAAUAAUGUUUAACUCUUUUGCAACAAAAUUCCUUUAAUGAAGUGUUUAAUGGGCCCUAUUCAAACUUAAUUUCUACUCAGUUCAUAAGUGCCUACUAAAUAUGUAUUUUAUCCUGCUCUUCUGUUCAUUUGAUCAUCUGCUUUUAGGCAGAUGAGCAUUCACAUAACUAAAAUAGAUACAGCAGGAGUUGUAAAUGCUGUUGGAUUUUUUAAGGCUCAAAGGUGCUAGUAUAUAAGAGCACAUUGCCAAAUAAGCUUUUUUUCUUCUCAUUUUCUAAAACAGUUUACGUUUAUUUUUAAUUAAUGAUCAGUGUUUAUGGUGAGUUGGAAAACGUCCUGUUAAUUUCCUUCAGUGACCAUAAAAAAAAUGUAAAAAGCAGCUCUAGAGAAGGCUAUGGUGUUGAGUCUGUCAUAAUUAUUUGUAGAUACUUUAUCAUAGAACUGUAGUUUAUAAUUCACCAUCAUCUAGAGAAUAUUGAUUUAUAUUACAUGACUAAUGUAAAUAGGGCUCAGGCCACAUAAGACCGAAGACAUCAGAGGUUCAGUUAAUCACAUUUGAAUAUUUUAUUGGGCUGUGAUUGAUUUGCCAAAAAAAAUCCAAAUGGAAACACAUUGGGUUAUACAGCAUUGACUGUGAUAAAAUAUAAUAAUGUAUACUCACAGAACUUGCCUUCAUGGAGUUUAACAUGUUAUAAAUGUAAAUAUGGUAAUGGCAUCAAUUUCUCUUUUUAAAAUUGUUAAAUAAUGAUGUGUUUUUAUUUAAAAUGGAAUAGUUUGAAAUUUUAUCAAGUUGGUGUAUGUAAUGGUUGGGGAAGAUCAAAUGGGCUUGCUCAUGGCAUAUUCAAUCAUGACAUAACUAAUGUUUAUGGUCAUUUUGACUGUAAAGCAGUUUUAAAGUAUUUGUAUUUUUAUUUACAUGUUUUUAUUUCCUAAUGCACCACUGAGUACAAAAAAGGAAGUGUAAGGGUUACUGAUGAUGAAAUAAAGUGAGGGUGUUAAUGUAGAUUAAAGCAAGUUGAUGUAGGAAUUUGAGGAGAAAGAAGAAAUUAUAUGGGAACUCACAACUCCAUGGGGAAAAAAAUACGUAGUAGGAAUUGGGCAGUGAUGUAUCUUUUGGGGGAUUGGUCAUAAAUUUAAAUGAAACGAGGCAAACUGUGGUGUGAUUUUUUUUUUUUCCAGCAGCAUUUAGGUACUUGAUUCCAGGUGUAGAAAAAGCAAAUAGAUUUUUAACUUUUGAUAGAAGUAGAAACAGACCAGGGAGGUGAAGAUAUUCACAGAGGUGAUGAUUAUAGUACCAGAACAUGGAAUCUAAGCUCUUCAAGGGAUAAAUGAUGGAGAGGAAGUGGUGGAUUGUAUGAAAGUGGUGCUGACCCAUGAACUGAAACCUUCAGUGAAAUGAAGCCAAAAGUGAGCCUAAAAGACAAGAAGGUGAGAAGAUUGAGUGUGUGAAAUCAGGAUUUCAGAUGUGAUCUGAUACUGAUGAGGAAAAGUCAAAACCUUGGAAGUGGCUGAGAUAGGAGAAGGGCUCUUUGAGGUGGGGAGUCAAAGAUCUGAGGCCAUGAUUACUCAUGUGAGUGUUGAAAUAACUGAGAGUUACAAGAAAUAAAGGUGGCAGGGAAGAUAGCCACAGGCUAGUGACUCAGCUUGAUAGCAACAGGAAAAUUCUAGAUAGCAUGAACUUUAAAGGAUCCAUGCUCAAAACAAAAAUCUUUGGCUUUGUUAUCAAGAGAUGAGUGAACGUACAUUUAGAUAUUUUUAGAUUUUUUUUUUAAAGGUAUGGAUCAUCAUUUCAAUGCCCCCCUCUAACGUGCUUUUUUAAAUAAAAUUCUGUACUUGUUCCAUUAGGACAGAUUAUGAGGGCUUUUACUAUACUUAGUGUAAAUCCUCCUUUUUGACAAUAAUAGCCUUUCUACCUUCUCUGAGUCUCGUUUUCUCCAAUUUGCUCCCACAUCAGGCUAGUUCUUGUAUUCUUUGCCUCUUCUGUAGCCCAAUAAUAACUGGAAGUGGGAAAAAGUCUUUGUUGAAAGACCUGAGCACUGCUCUGUUCUGAGGUUUCAUAAUGAGCCCAAACUGAGGUCUCUCCUAGUUGUAUGUGCAUUUUACUACUAAGGGAGAACACCUUGAAUGGUUCCCAUAGUGGGUUCAGGGUGCUGGAAAAAAGGAAUACUUGGAAAUAUGGGAAAUUGGAAAGGGUUUUUCAUUGACUUUUCUGUGGACAUCUUAUUUCCUCAGUUUGUUUUGUUCUAGAUUUUGGAUGAGAAUUCUUAAAAUGUUGCAAGCUUUUUCCCCCUAUACUGGGGUGGGCUAGAUGUUAUUUUGAGCCUAAUCUAAAUCUUACCUGAAUCUCUUUCUUUCUUUGGUUUCCUUGUUAACAUGAAGUGGUAUAUAUUUUCUUGUUUGGUGGCUGAUGGCUUUAUGGCUUUUCCUUUUUUCUCAGUCCCCUACCAAUUCUUUAGCUGUUAAGUAUGAUCGAGCUAUGAUCCCACUUGACUUCACUGUCUUCACCCAGAAGUGACCUUACCUAUUUUUGGUGGAGGAAACAGAAGCCAUGGGCUUCUUAGUACUUUAUCUCACAAACUUGUAUGCAUAUAAUAAGCAUCCUUUCAUUCCUCCCAUUAGAGUGAUUUAAAUGUCCUGUCACCCAUCAAGGACUUGCCUGUUCAUAUGUUCUCCUACAGCCUUCCCCGCUGUCAUGAGUAUUGCUCUGUUACAGUUUUCCCUCUAGCUUGUGUCUUCAUCCUGUCACCCUCUACUUAUACCUUUCCACCCACAUUUAAACUGGGUUGCACCUUACAUCUUAAACAGGGUUCUACGGAGUAUGUGAGUGCCUCCCAAAGAUCUGUGGGCUUAGAUGUAUCACAGGUGUGGUACUAGGAAGACUACCUUCAGAGUACCUGCUGAGCGGCUGCGUGGUAGGCUCUCAGUUCCUGUUUGUAUGGGUACUGGCAUCUUUCUGGUUAAUACAUCCUUAGCCCACAGAAGUAGAGAUAACUGGCUUGCUUGUAUUGCUCACAGGUUUAUUGCCACUCGUACUGUCCCACAGUUUGACUUGUGCAAAAGGGCAAAGGAGUAGACAAAGGAAAAUAGUAAAGAAGUCUACAGAAAAAUAGGACAUUCAGAAGUGGGUGGUGGUGAAAAAGAAUUGCUGGUGGAGAUGGAUAACAGCUUUAAUUUUGAAAAAGCACAUGAGGAAGUUCAAUCAGUGUGAAAUAAACUUUGUAUAAAUUAAAACAAAAACCCAAUGCAUUAAAUGUAGUAGAAAAAGAGGGAAAUGGCCACUCCUGAGGACCAAAUUAGAGGCCUGGAUGGAAUAUGUGCAGUAGUAGUUACCUCUAGAAACGCAAGACCCAAAGACCUGAAGAUUGUAAUAAAAAUGAAAACACCUUGAAGAAAAGUUUGGAUAUUUAAUGUGAAUAAGUAAAGAACCGUAAGGAAGAAAGAAAGGAAACAGACUUAGGAAAACAGUUCAUAGAUACUAGAGGAAAAUUUCCCUGGUUUGAAAGAGUUCUCAUUCUGGAGGCUCCCUGUAACAUGGAGGGGAAGGGGGAGGACACUUAGGCAGACAUUUCAUUCAAAUAUUUAUGGUCUACUUCAUGUCAAUGAUAAUACUAUUUUAGUCACUGGAAGUCAGGGUAAACAAUUUUGAGCCGUGCCCUCAUUGACUAGGAAGAGGUAGAUAAUAAAAUGAAUGUGUCAGAUGUGAAUAAGUGAUAGAGAAAAAAGUGAAGUCGAGUGACUAGACAGUGCUGGGAUAAGACAGAGGCAAGAUACUGUGUUUUAUUGGGUGGUUGGAGGCAAGGUGAUAUUUGAACAGCAAUUUGAAGGAAGUGAGGGAGCCAACCUCGUAAAUAUCUGUGGCGAAAAUACAGAAGGAACAGGAAGUUUAAAAAUCCUAAGAUCGUGAGUCCACCUGGGUGGCUCAGUUGGUUAAGUGUCCGACUUAGCUCAGGUCAUGAUCUCGUGGUUCCUGAGUUUGAGCCUGCAUUGGGCUCUGUGCUGACAGCUCAGAGCCUGAAGUCUGCUUCCCAUUCUGUGUUUUCCUCUGUCUCUGCCCCUCCCGCCUUGAGCUCACACUCUCGCUCUCUCAAAAAUAAAUAAAGAUUAAAUUUUUUUAAAAAAAAUCCUAAGGUAGUAUCAUAUCUGCAACUCAGAGACUGGCAAGGAGGCCACUUUGGCAGAGAUGAGGCAGCAAGAACAGUUAAGAGGUGAGUGCAGAGUGGGAGCUGGAAACAAGAUUAUGUAGGACUUUGUAGGCUACUGUAAAGCUUUUAUUCAUUGGUACAUAGGGGAAGCAUUGGAGAGUUUUUGAGCAGAAGAAGAGUGACCUCAUUGUGACCUUAGGUUUUAAGAGGCAUAAUAAUGCUCUUAGAGAAUAGACUAUGUGGUAGUAAAGGCAGAGGCUGGGAGAUCAGAUCAUUGGAUAUUACAGUAAUUUAGAUAAAUGAUUAGGGCUUGGGCCAGUGUGGUUACUGGGGAGGAGUGACAAAUGGUCAGAUUCUGGAAAUAUUUUGCAAGUAGAUGGAUUGGGUGUGAUGUGUGAUAAUAGAGCCAACAAAAAGGUUUUUUUGUUUUGGGUUUUUGCCUAAAUAACUGGAAGGAUGUAGUUUUCUGCUUACUCUGAUAACAAAGGUUGUGUAAAGGUCAUAUUUGGGGAUGGUAUUAGCUAAGGGAAACUGGAGUUUUGAGGAAUGUUGAGUUUGAGAUGCUCAUUAGACAUGCAGGAAGAGAUAAUUCAAAUUCUUUAAUUUCAGGGUAAAGAGAGGACUUCAUAAAGGAACAAAAAAAGAAAAACACAUCUCCAGGCUUUAAAGAAUGACUACAAAUAAAUGUUUUCCAAGUGGGACCAUUUAUCUUGAGGAUAUGCAAGGAUCCAAAGAGUAUAUCUCCCAAGUAACCUCGGUUGAGGAACAGGGACAUUAGAACUUUUAAGAACUUCAAACAAAUGACGAAUUAAAGAUCUGUGUUCUGUGAUAGAGUGGGAAUUUGAAAUGUUAAGUGGUAAGUAAGAGUUCCUCAAGUGGGAAAGACAUACUACCUGGAAAAUCUCACAUCAGUAACUACAGAUAUUAAGCUAUUUCAGCAAAGAUGUGGGGGCUGAGCUGAGCAGGGAGUAAAGAGUGAGCACCCUAAAUUUCUCAUCCCUGAUAAGAAAAAUGAUUUCAUGGAAGAUGACCAACACUUGUUCUUGCAACUAAUCAGAAGUUCUAUAUUUUUGACAAAUAGCUUUCUAAAACCCACUUAAAGCACUUUGGAAUAUUUAGGGGGGAAAAAAACAAACUUGUUUUAAGGUUUUGGAGAUUUUUAAAUAGGUCAGGAAAUUAUUUGCAAGUUGUGAAAUUGUGAAGGUAUGAACAUUUUGAUAGGUAUAUUUAUGUUUUCAACGCAAAAGCACAAAAUAAAUAUCUCCAAUAACCAUUUUUAAAAUGUUCUUUCCAUAGCACAAUUUUUUUCCAACAGUAAUUACUUUCUUGUUCAUUCACAGACUUCUGAUCAUCUGACUUCAUAGUAAUUUCUAACCUUGUUAUUUAGCAAAGAGCUAACUUAGGUUUAAGAGGAAGGUCAACUCUCAUUUUCUUGUUCCCACUUGGUUCCAUUAUUACUGUUAUCUUUGUGUUUUUGUUUUGUUUUGUUUUUUCCCUCCCUCCUCAGAGAUCUCUUUAUGCCACUUUUCCAUUUUGUAAAAUAUCUAUAAAGUGUUGUCUGUUUCAUUAUGCUGGAUGAGGGAAUGGGAACUUCAUUGUCAGGUCUUUUUCUUCCCUCAGUUCACCUUGUACUGUGUACAGAUAAAGUGAAGGCAUCUGUGUCAAUUCAUAUAUUAACUAUUAAUAAAGCUUAACUUAAAUGCAAA